UGUGGCACAAACAAUUCCUACAUCCGCCGCCCACGCCUGCUCUCCGGCCGCCGCCGCCAUCAUGUCCUCCAUCAUGUCCCGGUCGUCCUCCCCCCUCUCCACCACCGACGCAUCCGUCGUCCAGCCUCCUCCUCCUCCUCCUCCUCCUCCGCGUGAACGUGAAAGUGAAACUGAAACUGAAGCCCCUCCUCUCUUGCCGCAGAUUUCAAGGAUGUUGUUGUUGGAGCUCAAGCUGCAGGACGAGCGGCUUAACCGCGGGAGGAGAACAGGGUACGGCGGGAGGAGCUCAAGCGUGCCCGGCUGCUGCUGGAGGAGAGCAUCUACUAGGGGAGGAGGAGGAACUCAAGCGCGCUCAGCUGCUGCUGGCGGAGGAGAAGAGGGUGCUGCAGCUCAAGCACGCCCAGCUGCAGGAGGCCAAGCUCAAGUCCGUUACAAGGUCGAUAGACAAGAUUAAGUCCUCUGCAUUGUCGUUGAUUCAUUGUGCUUAAACAUCACAUGGCCCCGUUGACUUUGAGAUUCAACCAACAACUAAAUAAAAUAAAACUAGUAACAGUGAUGAGGCACAGCCCGAGGAUGAAUGAAGAUGGGAAAUCAGGUCUUUCUUGGUACCAGCAGGAGUAGAUGACUGUACGUACAGAAACUAUAUCUAUAUGUAUUCAGGUCUUUCUUGGAAAUAAAGUCUUCCGCCAC